AGCCACCUAGAGACUCCGUGCUGCUUGGGUGCUGCUGCGCGUGCGCGGGCGCGGGCGCGGGCGGAGCGGCGCCGGAGUCGUGUUCUUUGCCGCCUCCGCCGCCGGGGCCAUCUACCCGGGAUUUGAGUCUCGCGCCUUCUUCGUUCGCUCGCCGGGGGUUCGCGCCCCUCUCGAGACCCCGGGCAGCGAGGCUGGGGAAGGGGUUGGAGGGGGCUGUUGAUCGCCGCCUUUAAGUUGUGCUCGGGGCGGCCAUGUCGGCCGGCGAGGUCGAGCGCCUAGUGUCGGAGCUGAGCGGCGGGACCGGAGGGGAUGAGGAGGAAGAGUGGCUCUAUGGCGGCCCAUGGGACGUGCAUGUGCACAGUGAUUUGGCAAAGGACCUAGAUGAAAAUGAAGUUGAAAGGCCAGAAGAAGAAAAUGCCAGUGCUAAUCCUCCAUCGGGAAUUGAAGAUGAAACUCCUGAAAAUGGCGUACCUAAACCGAAAGUGACAGAGACUGAAGACGAUAGUGAUAGCGACAGUGAUGAUGAUGAGGAUGACGUUCAUGUCACUAUAGGAGACAUUAAAACGGGCGCACCACAGUAUGGGAGUUAUGGUACAGCACCUGUAAAUCUUAACAUCAAGACAGGAGGAAGAGUUUAUGGAACUACAGUAGGAACGAAAGUCAAAGGAGUAGAUCUUGAUGCACCUGGAAGCAUUAAUGGAGUGCCACUUUUAGAGGUAGAUUUGGAUUCUUUUGAAGAUAAACCAUGGCGUAAACCUGGUGCUGAUCUUUCUGAUUAUUUUAAUUAUGGGUUUAAUGAAGAUACCUGGAAAGCUUACUGUGAAAAACAAAAGAGGAUACGAAUGGGACUGGAAGUUAUACCAGUUACCUCUACUACAAAUAAAAUUACGGCCGAAGACUGUACUAUGGAAGUUACACCAGGUGCAGAGAUCCAAGAUGGCAGAUUCAAUCUUUUUAAGGUACAGCAGGGAAGAACUGGAAAUUCAGAGAAGGAAACAGCGCUUCCAUCUACAAAAGCUGAGUUUACUUCUCCUCCUUCUUUGUUCAAGACUGGACUCCCACCAAGCAGAAACAGCACCUCUUCUCAGUCUCAGACAAGUACUGCCUCCAAAAAAGCCAAUUCAAGCGUUGGGAAGUGGCAGGAUCAAUAUGGGAGGGCCGAAUCACCUGAUCUAAGGAGAUUACCUGGGGCAAUUGAUGUUAUUGGUCAGACUAUAACUAUCAGCCGAGUAGAAGGAAGGCGACGGGCAAAUGAAAACAGCAACAUACAGGUCCUUUCUGAAAGAUCUGCUACUGAAGUAGACAACAAUUUUAGCAAACCACCGCCAUUUUUCCCUCCAGGAGCUCCUCCCACUCACCUUCCACCUCCUCCAUUUCUUCCACCUCCUCCAACUGUCAGCACUGCUCCACCUCUGAUUCCACCACCAGGUAUUCCAAUAACUGUACCACCUCCAGGUUUUCCUCCUCCACCAGGAGCUCCACCUCCAUCUCUUAUACCAACAAUAGAAAGUGGACAUUCCUCUGGUUAUGAUAGUCGUUCUGCACGUGCUUUUCCAUAUGGCAAUGUUGCCUUUCCCCACCUUCCUGGUUCUGCUCCUUCAUGGCCUAGUCUUGUGGACACCAGCAAGCAAUGGGACUAUUACUCAAGAAGAGAGAAAGACCGAGAUAGAGAGAGAGACAGAGACCGAGAACGAGAUCGUGAUCGAGACAGAGAAAGAGAACGCACCAGAGAGAGAGAGAGGGAGCGUGAUCAUAGUCCCACGCCGAGUGUUUUCAACAGUGAUGAAGAACGAUACAGAUACAGGGAGUAUGCAGAAAGAGGCUAUGAGCGCCACAGAGCAAGUCGGGAGAAAGAAGAACGACACAGAGAAAGACGACACAGAGAGAAAGAGGAAACCAGACACAAGUCCUCUCGAAGUAAUAGUAGACGUCGCCAUGAAAGUGAAGAAGGAGACAGUCAUAGGAGACACAAGCACAAAAAAUCUAAAAGAAGCAAAGAAGGAAAAGAAGCUGGCAGCGAGCCUGCCCCUGAACAGGAGAGCACUGAAGCUACACCUGCAGAAUAGGCAUGGUUAUGGCCUUUUGUGUACAGUAGUGCCAGAAAUAGAUACUAUAAAUCUUAUUUUUCUGGAUAAUGUUUAAGAAAUUUGCCUUUAAUCUUGUUCUGUUAGUAUGAAAAUUUAACUUUUUUCUUCUAAAAUAAAAGAGUGAAUUUUUCAUGUUAAGUUAAAAAUCUUUGUCUUGUAAUAUUUAAAAAAUAAAAAGACAGUAAUGACUUUGUAUCGAAGAAAGUAAUGUGAAUGAGUCACUCAGCAGGGAAUUUAAAGAGCUAUGUUUAGCCGUGUACAUAAUAUCUGAUUGAUAAAGGUCAAGGUUCCCUCUUGGCCAGUUUCCUUGAGUUAGUUAGUUAGUUAAUCAAAUACCAGUCUCUUGAAAGAAGUUGCACUGCAAAAUGCAUCAAAAAUGCACCUCUGAGUGAGUCUUGAGAUUAAAACUAGUCUUUCUUUUAUCAUCACU